AUGAGACUCCAGGAUCCUCGGAGCCUUCCCCCUCCCUCCUCGUCCAGCAGCAGCAGCGGCAGCAGCGGCAGCAGCGGCAGCGGCAGCGGCAGCGGCAGCAGCGGCAGCAGCGGCAGCAGCGGCAGCGGCAGCGGCAGCAGCGGCGGCAGCAGCGGCGGCAGCGGCGGCAGCAGCGGCAGCAGCGGCAGCAGCAGCGGCAGCGGCGGCAGCAGCGGCAGCAGCGGCAGCAGCAGCAGCAGCAGCGGCAGCAGCAGCAGCAGCAGCAGCAGCAGCAGCAGCGGCUCCUCCCCCCGUCGGUGCGUCUCACUGUGGGGGGUGCGUCUCACUGUGGGGGGUGCGUCUCACUGUGGGGGGUGCGUCUCACUGUGGGGGGUGCGUCUCACUGUGGGGGGUGCGUCUCACUGUGGGGGGUGCGUCUCACUGUGGGGGGUGCGUCUCACUGUGGGGGUGCGUCUCACUGUGGGGGGUGCGUCUCACUGUGGGGGUGCGUCUCACUGUGGGGGUGCGUCUCACUGGGGGGUGCGUCUCACUGUGGGGGUGCGUCUCACUGGGGGUGCGUCUCACUGUGGGGGUGCGUCUCACUGUGGGGGGUGCGUCUCACUGUGUGGGGGUCGUCUCACUGUGGGGUGUCGUCUCACUGUGGGGGUGCUCACUGUGGGGGUGCGUCUCACUGUGGGGGUGCGUCUCACUGUGGAGGGUGCGUCUCACUGUGGGGGUGCGUCUCACUGUGGGGGGUGCGUCUCACUGUGGAGGGUGCGUCUCACUGUGGAGGGUGCGUCUCACUGUGGAGGGUGCGUCUCACUGUGGAGGGUGCGUCUCACUGUGGAGGGUGCGUCUCACUGUGGAGGGUGCGUCUCACUGUGGAGGGUGCGUCUCACUGUGGGGGGUGCGUCUCACUGUGGGGGGUGCGUCUCACUGUGGGGGGUGCGUCUCACUGUGGGGGGUGCGUCUCACUGUGGAGGGUGCGUCUCACUGUGGAGGGUGCGUCUCACUGUGGGGGUGCGUCUCACUGUGGGGGGUGCGUCUCACUGUGGAGGGUGCGUCUCACUGUGGGGGGUGCGUCUCACUGUGGGGGGUGCGUCUCACUGUGGGGGUGCGUCUCACUGUGGAGGGUGCGUCUCACUGUGGAGGGUGCGUCUCACUGUGGAGGGUGCGUCUCACUGUGGAGGGUGCGUCUCACUGUGGAGGGUGCGUCUCACUGUGGAGGGUGCGUCUCACUGUGGAGGGUGCGUCUCACUGUGGGGGUGCGUCUCACUGUGGGGGGUGCGUCUCACUGUGGGGGGUGCGUCUCACUGUGGGGGGUGCGUCUCACUGUGGAGGGUGCGUCUCACUGUGGAGGGUGCGUCUCACUGUGGAGGGUGCGUCUCACUGUGGAGGGUGCGUCUCACUGUGGAGGGUGCGUCUCACUGUGGGGGGUGCGUCUCACUGUGGAGGGUGCGUCUCACUGUGGAGGGUGCGUCUCACUGUGGAGGGUGCGUCUCACUGUGGGGGGUGCGUCUCACUGUGGGUGCGUCUCACUGUGGAGGGUGCGUCUCACUGUGGAGGGUGCGUCUCACUGUGGAGGGUGCGUCUCACUGUGGGGGUGCGUCUCACUGUGGAGGGUGCGUCUCACUGUGGAGGGUGCGUCUCACUGUGGGGGGUGCGUCUCACUGUGGGGGGUGCGUCUCACUGUGGGGGUGCGUCUCACUGUGGGGGGUGCGUCUCACUGUGGGGGGUGCGUCUCACUGUGGGGGGUGCGUCUCACUGUGGGGGGUGCGUCUCACUGUGGAGGGUGCGUCUCACUGUGGGGGGUGCGUCUCACUGUGGAGGGUGCGUCUCACUGUGGGGGGUGCGUCUCACUGUGGGGGGUGCGUCUCACUGUGGAGGGUGCGUCUCACUGUGGAGGGUGCGUCUCACUGUGGGGGGUGCGUCUCACUGUGGGGGGUGCGUCUCACUGUGGAGGGUGCGUCUCACUGUGGGGGGUGCGUCUCACUGUGGAGGGUGCGUCUCACUGUGGAGGGUGCGUCUCACUGUGGAGGGAUGUCUGUGGUGGAGACGCUGCUGAGUUUCCUGUCUGUGGUCGCAGCUGUAGCCACAGAGGCAGCUCCUCCUCUUCCUCCUCUUCCUCCUCCUCCUCCGCUGCUGCUCGUCUCCUUUGACGGUUUUCGGGCCGAUUACCUGAAACGGUUCCCGAUGCCGAACUUGCAGAGUCUGUACCGACAGGGCGUCCUGGUGGAGCAGAUGACCAACGUCUUCGUCACCAAAACGUUCCCAAACCACUACAGUCUGGUGACCGGUCUGUACGCAGAGUCCCACGGCAUCAUGGCCAGUAACAUGUACGACCCCGACACCAAACAGUACUUCCACAUUUCGAACAACAGCGACCCCGUGUGGUGGAACGAGGCAGAGCCGCUCUGGAUCACAGCCCUGGACUCGGGCUUCAAGACGGCGGCCGUGAUGUGGCCCGGCGCGGACGUUCGGAUCCACAACCGCACCGCCACCCACCUCUUCCAGUACGACCGCAGGAUGAGCUUCAGGGAGAGGCUGGGGAACGUGACGCAGUGGCUGAUGGGAGACGGCCAGGAAGAAGGGGUGAAGUUCGCGGCCCUUUACUGGGAGCAGCCGGACGCCGCGGGACACAAGUACGGACCUGACAACACCUCCAUGAUGGCCCGGACUCUGCAGGAGCAUGUCAGGGUCCACCCCGGGCCUGUGGGGGUGGACCCUGACAUGCUGCAGUACCACCCCGGGCCUGUGGGGGUGGACCCUGACAUGCUGCAGUACCACCCCGGGCCUGUGGGGGUGGACCCUGACAUGCUGCAGUACCACCCCGGGCCUGUGGGGGUGGACCCUGACAUGCUGCAGUACCACCCCAGGCCUGUGGGGGUGGACCCUGACAUGCUGCAGUACCACCCCGGGCCUGUGGGGGUGGACCCUGACAUGCUGCAGUACCACCCCGGGCCUGUGGGGGUGGACCCUGACAUGCUGCAGUACCACCCCGGGCCUGUGGGGGUGGACCCUGACAUGCUGCAGUACCACCCCGGGCCUGUGGGGGUGGACCCUGACAUGCUGCAGUACCACCCCGGGCCUGUGGGGGUGGACCCUGACAUGCUGCAGUACCACCCCGGGCCUGUGGGGGUGGACCCUGACAUGCUGCAAUACCACCCCGGGCCUGUGGGGGUGGACCCUGACAUGCUGCAGUACCACCCCGGGCCUGUGGGGGUGGACCCUGACAUGCUGCAGUACCACCCCGGGCCUGUGGGGGUGGACCCUGACAUGCUGCAGUACCACCCCGGGCCUGUGGGGGUGGACCCUGACAUGCUGCAGUACCACCCCAGGCCUGUGGGGGUGGACCCUGACAUGCUGCAGUACCACCCCGGGCCUGUGGGGGUGGACCCUGACAUGCUGCAGUACCACCCCGGGCCUGUGGGGGUGGACCCUGACAUGCUGCAGUACCACCCCGGGCCUGUGGGGGUGGACCCUGACAUGCUGCAGUACCACCCCGGGCCUGUGGGGGUGGACCCUGACAUGCUGCACUCCUUCUCUGCUCCUCCUCUGCUCCUUCUCUGCUCCUCCUCUGCUCCUUCUCUGCUCCUCCUCUGCUCCUUCUCUGCUCCUCCUCUGCACCUCCUCUGCGCCUCCUCUGCUCCUCCUCUGCGCCUCCUCUGUGCCUCCUCUGCUCCUCCUCUGUGCCUCCUCUGCGCCUCCUCUGCUCCUCCUCUGCACCUCCUCUGCGCCUCCUCUGCGCCUCCUCUGUGCCUCCUCUGCUCCUCCUCUGUGCCUCCUCUGCUCCUCCUCUGCUCCUUCUCUGCUCCUCCUCUGCUUCUCCUCUGCUCCUUCUCUGCACCUCCUCUGCUCCUUCUCUGCUCCUCCUCUGCUUCUCCUCUGCUCCUUCUCUGCUCCUCCUCUGCUUCUCCUCUGCACCUCCUCUGCUCCUCCUCUGCUCCUCCUCUGUGCCUCCUCUGCUCCUCCUCUGCUCCUCCUCUGUGCCUCCUCUGCUCCUCCUCUGCUCCUCCUCUGCUCCUCCUCUGCUCCUCCUCUGUGCCUCCUCUGCACCUCCUCUGCUCCUCCUCUGCUUCUCCUCUGCACCUCCUCUCCUCCUCCUCUGCUCCUCCUCUUCUCCCCCUCUGCUCCCCCUCUGAUCCCCCUCUGCUCCCCCUCUCCUCCUCCUCUGCUCCUCCUCUGCUCCUCCUCUGCUCCUCCUCUGCUCCUUCUCUGCUCCUUCUCUGCUCCUCCUCUGCUCCCCCUCUGCUCCCCCUCUGCUCCUCCUCUGCUCCCCCUCUGCCCCUCCUCUGUGCCUCCUCUGCUCCUCUUCUGCUCCUCUGUGCCUCCUCUGCUCCUCCUCUGCUCCUCCUCUCUGCUCCUCCUCUGCUCCUCCUCUGCUCCUCCUCUGCUCCUCCUCUGUGCCUCCUCUGCUCCUCCUCUGCUCCUCCUCUGCUCCUCCUCUGCUCCUCCUCUGCGCCUCCUCUGCUCCUCUGCUCCUUCUCUGCUCCUCCUCUGCUCCUCCUCUGCUCCUCCUCUGUGCCUCCUCUGCUCCUCCUCUGCCCCUCCUCUGCUCCUCCUCUGUGCCUCCUCUGCUCCUCCUCUGCUCCCCCUCUGCUCCUCCUCUUCUCCUCCUCUGCUCCCCCUCUUCUCCUCCUCUGCUCCCCCCUCUGCUCCUCCUCUUCUCCCCCUCUGCUCCCCCUCUUCUCCUCCUCUGCUCCCCCUCUUCUCCUCCUCUGCUCCCCCUCUUCUCGUCCUCUGCUCCCCCUCUUCUCCUCCUCUGCUCCUCCUCUGCUCCUCCUCUGCCCCUCCUCUGCUCCCCCUCUUCUCCUCCUCUGCUCCCCCUCUUCUCCCCCUCUGCUCCUCCUCUUCUCCCUCUCUGCUCCUCCUCUUCUCCCCCUCUGCUCCCCCUCUGAUCCCCCUCUGCUCCCCCUCUUCUCCUCCUCUGCCCCUCCUCUGCUCCUCCUCUGCCCCUCCUCUGCUCCCCCUCUUCUCCUCCUCUGCUCCCCCUCUUCUCCCCCUCUGCUCCUCCUCUUCUCCCCCUCUGCUCCUCCUCUUCUCCCCCUCUGCUCCCCCUCUGAUCCCCCUCUGCUCCCCCUCUCCUCCUCCUCUGCCCCUCCUCUGCUCUCCCUCUGCUCUCCCUCUGCUCCACCUCUGCUCCUCCUCUGCUCCCCCUCUGCUCCUCCUCUGCCCCUCCUCUGCUCUCCCUCUGCUCCCCCUCUGCCCCUCCUCUGCUCCUCCUCUGCGCCUCCUCUGCUCCCCCUCUCCUCCUCCUCUGCCCCUCCUCUGCUCUCCCUCUGCUCCCCCUCUGCUCCUCCUCUGCUCCUCCUCUGCGCCUCCUCUGCUCCCCCUCUCCUCCUCCUCUGCCCCUCCUCUGCUCUCCCUCUGCUCUCCCUCUGCUCCUCCUCUGCUCCUCCUCUGCUUCCCCUCUGCUCCUCCUCUGCUCCUCCUCUGCUCCUCCUCUGCUCCCCCUCUGCUCCUCCUCUGCUCCUCCUCUGCUCCUCCUCUGCGCCUCCUCUGCAGGUGGACGAUGACGUUGGGUUGUUGGUGUCGGAGCUGAAGAGAGUGGGACUUUGGGGUCAGAUAAACGUGAUCGUGACGAGUGACCACGGCAUGGCCCAGUGCAGCCCGGACCGGCUCAUCCGCCUGGACCAGUGCCUGAGCCCGGACCUCUACACGCUGGUGGACCUCACUCCGGUCGCAGCACUCAUCCCAAAACAAGACGCCGCCGCGGUCUUCGACUCGCUGAAGAGCUGCCACCCGCACAUGACGGCGUUUCUGAAGGCGUCCAUCCCGGAGCGUCUGCAUUACCAGAACAACCACCGCGUUCAGCCCGUGCUGCUCAUGGCCGACGAAGGAUGGACCAUCGUCACCAGCGGCAACACCCUGCCCAGACUGGGUGACCACGGCUACGACAGCUCCUUACCCAGCAUGCACCCCUUCCUGGCUGCGGUGGGGCCCAGCUUCCGUCAGGGUUAUCGCCUCAGCUCCAUCCAGAGCGUGGACGUCUACCCUCUGAUGUGCCGCCUCCUGGGGAUCGAGGGGAGGCCCAACAACGGCUCCCUCAGCCACACCCGCUGCCUGCUGGCCCAGGAGAGCUGCUGGGAGACCCCCCGUGUGGUGGGGCUGGUGGUGGGGGUCCUGCUGGUGCUCGCCACGGUCACCGGGCAUGUGCGGCUACAGUCUGUCCCAGGGCAGGUGCGGCUACAGUCUGUCCCAGGGCAGGUGCGGCUACAGUCUGUACGUCUGUCCCAGGGCAGGUGCGACUACAGUCUGUCCCAGGGCAGGUGCGGCUACAGUCUGUACGUCUGUCCCAGGGCAGGUGUGGCUACAGUCUGUCCCAGGGCAGGUGCGGCUACAGUCUGUACGUCUGUCCCAGGGCAGGUGCGGCUACAGUCUGUCCCAGGGCAGGUGCGGCUACAGUCUGUGCGUCUGUCCCAGGGCAGGUGUGGCUACAGUCUGUGCGUCUGUCCCAGGGCAGGUGUGGCUACAGUCUGUGUGUCUGUCCCAGGGCAGGUGUGGCUACAGUCUGUGUGUCUGUCCCAGGGCAGGUGUGGCUACAGUCUGUGUGUCUGUCCCAGGGCAGGUGCGGCUACAGUCUGUGUGUCUGUCCCAGGGCAGGUGUGGCUACAGUCUGUAAGUCUGUCCCAGGGCAGGUGCGGCUACAGUCUGUCCCAGGGAAGGUGCGGCUACAGUCUGUCCCAGGGCAGGUGUGGCUACAGUCUGUGUGUCUGUCCCAGGGCAGGUGUGGCUACAGUCUGUGUGUCUGUCCCAGGGCAGGUGUGGCUACAGUCUGUGUGUCUGUCCCAGGGCAGGUGUGGCUACAGUCUGUGUGUCUGUCCCAGGGCAGGUGUGGCUACAGUCUGUGUGUCUGUCCCAGGGCAGGUGUGGCUACAGUCUGUGCGUCUGUCCCAGGGCAGGUGUGGCUACAGUCUGUGUGUCUGUCCCAGGGCAGGUGUGGCUACAGUCUGGCAGGUGCGGCUACAGUCUGUGCGUCUGUCCCAGGGCAGGUGUGGCUACAGUCUGUGUGUCUGUCCCAGGGCAGGUGUGGCUACAGUCUGCACGUCUGUCCCAGGGCAGGUGCGGCUACAGUCUGUGCAGUGA